UCCCGUUGCUAAUGUGACAUGUUAGCGCGUUUAGAGGAUUUAAGCUUCAUGCAGUUUAAAUGCUACAAAAACAAACAGAAAGAAGAAGCUGCAGCAUGUUAGCAGACUGAUAGAGAGCAGAGAGAGAAGAAGAAGAAGAAGAGGAGGAGGAAGAAGAAGAAGAAGAAGAGUGUUUCUGCUGCAGCUGCUGGAGGACAAACUCUGUCAGGACAUUUAGUUCUUUCUCUGAGCUACUCAACAUUCCUCAGUUUCUUCACCAAACACAGAAAGUCAGAUUCUCUGCUCAGAUUUCUUUAUUUUCGACCAUCAUGGCUUCAGCUCUGCUCAGAGGACGAGCAUUAGUCUGUGUCAGAUGUCUCCACAGAGAGUUGUGUCGAGUCGUCUGGAAGCCUCAGAGCGCUUUGUUCAGCUCCAAACCUUCAGACAGAAAACAGCCUCGCAGGACUCACAUCAAAAAAGCCAAACCUCAGCCUCCCAUUGACAUCGCCAAACUCCUGGAGACACUCUUCUCCCAGACGAGGCCGGGCACAGCGCCUCCUGCUGCUGCUACCGCUCAACAUGCCAAAAUUUCUUCCACAUCGACCAAACCUCAUACAACCUCCAUGAGGGAUUCCACCUCAAAUGUUCCUCCAUCGUCAAAGCCAGGACCAUCCGUCUUCCCAUCUCCUUCUAGUUUCAAACAAGCUGUUCCCAACAAGACUACAUUCAACAUUGCAGAGCUGUUCCCUCAGCCAAAAUCUGCAGUGAACCCAAAGACUUUGUUUUCCUCUGAAUCAUGUCCACAGCCUAAUCUUAAUGUGGUUCAGGCUUCUGUUGCUGAGGGUCUUUCCCUUGAGGCCCUCGUUAGGAAUCUGGAGAGUGAGACUCUGACUGAAACCACAGGUUAUCUGGAGAAAGAAGCUGAGAAUUCUGCUGGAGACGGAAAAGAUGGAAGUGAACACGACAAAGCAGAUGUUGUUGCCAUUUUUGAAACAAACAAGUGA